AUGGUUGAUAAAACACAAAUGAUAGAUGUUUUCAACAAAUAUACAGACUCCAAUGACCUCCUUAAGGGUAGAAUGUAUAUUAAAAUGUUCAAAGAAGCCAACCUUGCGAAAUUGCCCUCAGAAGUUAACAGAUUGGACCUAAUUUUUGCCAAAUAUAAGUCAAAAUCCUCUGGAAUCAACUACGAGACCUUUCUCAAAUCACUCGAUGACGUCGGAAAAAAGCUCAACUGUUCUAAAUCUGAAAUUGAGGCGAAACUCUCCGAUUUAACAGGGCCGAUCUACACCGGAACUCAACCUGACCCUGUGAGAUUCCAUGACGAUAAGAGCCUGUAUACCGGAGUCCACGUGCACGGAGGACCGAGCGUCAUCGAUUUACCAAAGAAAACAGAAGCAGUUUAA